AUGGCUGCUGAUGGACAGAACAAUACCAAUUCCCUCUAUAUGUUAUUAACUCACAAAGACAGACGAGAUGAUCUAAUGACUGUUAUCGUCUGGCUUAUAAUGUUAUUAUAUGCUCUUAUAAGUAAUAUUCUAAUCAUAGUUGGAGUAUUACGUAGUGCAGCAAUGAGAUGUGCAACCAGUUAUUGGUUUAUCAUAUCAUUGGCUAUUUGUGAUAUAGUUAUGGUGUUCAUUUCCUUAAUACAUCUCAUUCCAUCAACAGCAUUUCAUGAAGAUUUUGUUCACGUCAUGUCAACACGUAAUGUCGUUAUGCUUUUUUUCUACAACUUCUUCUGGUAUACGGGUGUUGUUCAGCUAGGAUUGAUGGCGUUCAAUCGCUUUGUUUCAAUUGUUUAUCCCAUGGAGUACAAGGUCAUUUUCUCAAGACAACGGUCAUGUUUCCUGUUGUUGUUAGGAUACUUUUUGGGUUUUUUGGCAUCACUACCAACACUAUUCUCAUGUUGCCAUCUUUUGUGGGACGCCCACAGCUAUGCUACAAUUUAUGUACAGCCUGACACAUGGUACAAGUAUGUUGACAUGGGUGUCAAUAGUAUUUCCCUUCUUAUGAUGCUUAUAUCCUAUGCUGCCAUCAUUCACAAAGUGCGUGAAAGUGGUCGAGCUGUUAAAAAAUACCAAUUAUCAAUUCGGAUGAAGCAAAGUGGAGCUUUGGUCGUUGUACCGCCGACGUGUCCAGGAGGUUUUCAUCGCACACAUUCAUUUAAAGCAACCGGAAGUCAAGUUAGUAAGAAAGAGCUACGUCUUUUCAUUCAGUUCUUUUUGGUUUCCAUUGUAUUUUUAUUAACAUGGACUACAUGGCAAUGGCUUCCGCGCUUUUUCCAAUCUAAAGGCGCAUGCUUUGCUAUGACAUCAUUAUUCUUCAUUAAUAAUUCUGUUAAUCCAACUGUAUAUCUCAUAUUUAAUACUCAACUACGACGAGAGCUCUACAAACUAUUCUGCAUUCGCGGAUAG